GUUGUGUGUUCAAAAUAUCUCCUUUCCGUGCGCAGCCUGCGGUGUGUCUGCUUAGCGUAGUCAACGCGAACUGAAUUAUGGGCUACUUCCGAGUACGACCAUAGCAGCGUUUCGACAAUUGACCCUUUGUAGCGCUUGUCUUGGUGGAAUUUAUCGAGAGAUUUUGUGUGGACAUUCGCCAUUUAAGUGUUAAGCUACUUAAGUUUGAUAUGCAGAGCUUUUAACAAUUGUUGUUGGCAAGGUAAGUCUUGUCUCGAUUGAGUAGUUCCGACUGUAAAUUUGAACUCUUCGCUUGUCCAGUGUGAGUUACGCGCAAGCUUUUAACUUUGGUGAAUAUUAAAUUUUGCCCGCUAUCAAGAACGUUUUAAGCUCACCAGGUUUCAUUUUACUGACGAUCACUGUUUUAUGAUGUUUUAAGACUUUGUGGAUCUCGUUGCAGGUGGCCCGAAGGUCUCCAAACAGUGUGAGGUUUACGGUACGUGCUAGCUCAUGGCUGUUGUCAUUUGCAAAGUGUUUUUCCUGGUUGACUAAAUUCCAUGGUAGUAGGUUCUCUGUAUUUAAGGUGGGGAAAUAUUCGAUUAAUUUUCUCAAGUUGUCCAUGGUUGGUAAGAAACUGUAAAUUUGUGACCUGUUCUAGAAUUUCACUUUGUGUCCUCCAACGAGGUUCGAUUUUAUACUAUUAGUAAUUACUUCGAAAGUCUUGUUCCCAUUUGCAGCAGUCGUCUAAAUUUAUGCAAAAUCGAUUGAAGUUUACAUUUGUCGAAUCAUGUAAGACCUCAUCAGUCGCUGUGGAAUUAUCGUUAUCGAUCUUUGUUUGCAAGUAGAUAGCUGUUGUGUUUGAAGGCGUCACAAUUUGUGAUAUUUUUCUUCCGUUUUCCCGCAGGAGAAGACCUCGCCUGAUUGUCGACAAGAUUACUGAAAAUCAGUGAUCAUACAGUUAGCUCGCUUAACCUGUUAAAUUAAAAAACCGAUUAGUAUGGCUGCAAUGGAGGAAGGAAAUGGCGAUAGUAUGUCUACUGAUAGUGGCCAAGCAGUUGGCCUGCAAUAUACUAGUCAGAAGAAUUUUGAAAUUGAGAAGAAAAUCGGAAAAGGACAGUUUAGUGUGGUUUACAAGGCUCGAUGUCUCCUAGACAACUCUAUAGUUGCACUCAAGAAAAUACAGGUGAGCUUAAAUUCGAUCGAUGAUAUUGAGAGACAGAGCUCAUGCUUAGCCCGCGAAUAAUUCUUAACUACGGUUUCAGUUCAUGAUGGGGGGAUUGUUGGGCCUCAUACGCACAGGUAAUUGGUUUGCUGUGCUUGGCGACUGAAGAAUUCGAUUCAGUUCAAGAGAAUUUCGCGAUAAUUGCUUGUGAAGUGAGUUUAGUCGUUGCAUGCAUAGGUUGUCAUUUGUCUGAAAGUAAAUUUUGCUGUGUUUUAAUGUAAACAAGUUUCAUUACUCUGGCAAAGAAUCGGCUUCGAGUUUGCACGACGGGGGCCACUUUUUGAGAUGGCAACCUCCUACAUGCAUAGCACGUAAAUAAUGGCUUUCGUUUGCCCCCAAAUACACCCUGUAACUGAGUGAAGGGAAGUUAUUGAACCAAGGUGCAUCAUGCAACAAUAAAACAAUGAAGAGAAAGGAGAAAACUUAUCUAAAGAUAGUAACACGGAAGCCAGGUGCAAUUUGUUUGCUUAGAGAUAACAUUAGAAAUUUGCAUACAUCUAUUGUCAACCGACGAGUUUUGAACUGUGCCUACUUAUAAUGUAUUGAAAACUGAAGGCAUUAUAUGCAAAAAAAAAAAAAAAAAGUGUUACUUGUAGUGGAAUGUUCAAUAAGAAUAUUCCCACUGAAUUAAUUAUUCUAAGAUUAAGUGUGAACUAUAUUAUUAACUGGCUUGUCCCAACCCUACUCUACUCUGGUUAGGUUAGGUUAGGUGUUGCAGGUGGACUAGAAUUUAAUGCACUUGCAGAUGGUCCAUUUGUUAACAUCUCCCUUACACUCAACUGAAAUUGUUUUUAUUAAUUCUAAAUUUUUUGAAACAGGAGAAUUUUCCAAAUUGAAAACAAGCUGCUAAAUAAACAAAACAAUUUGCCACCUGUUUGUUAUGAUUAUCAAUACUUUUUGCUUUGUUAAGAGUAAAUUUUGGAAGAGAAGUCCUUCUUAUCAAUAAAUUAUUAGACCUCUGUACAACGAUAAUGUUCUGAUUGGUUAUUUCAUUUUUGCAUGUGGAACAUGAUGUCAAACUUGUCAAAAUUUUAUUGAGGGUAAGGGAAAAGAAUAUGUUUUUGAGAUCUAGUCAAGUAAAAUGAUUUUGGCAAGUUAUUUUCAUGCUAUUCCUGAAAAUCUGUUGAUACCUCCAUCUUAACUCCUUGACAAGGGAAUCUUAAAAUAGUUGUGUACAAUUUAUUGUAGUGUACUUAUUAAUUUUGGCAUAUUUAAUUUAUAUUCCAACUUCUCAACCAGUUCUAACUGAUAUUUCCGGUUUUUAUAUAAAUUUAUUUUUAAUGUUAUCUUCUUGAGAUCUUUGAAAUGAUGGAUGCAAAAGCAAGACAAGAUUGUAUAAAGGAGAUAAAGUUACUUCAGGUAAACAUUUUGUCCAGAGCAUUGCUUCCCAUGAAUAUAUUUGAUUCUUCAUAUGCUUUGUAAAGUGUGGGUUGAGUUUGUUGAUGGUUUUGUUCCUGUUUGAGGUUUUUAAGGGUGUCUGUGGCUAAAUCAGCAUUAAUUUGACAUAACAAGUUUAGGUAGGAAAUGCCUAAAUUCUACAUAUUAGGGUUAAGGACACCUUAUUACUCCAACACAUUAGUUUGUUUGUGGAACACAAAAUUCAGCAUGGAAAUUCUAGUUUCCCACAUUACUCUUCUUGCAACUUCAAAACCAUAGCAGGGUAGCAGGUAGACCUAUCCACAUGUAGUGGGCCUAUUGGUUGCCUGCAGCUUGUUCACAACAUCAUGAGAUUCAGACAACUGACUAGUCCAAGUUGGUUGCCUUCAAAGAAUGAUGAAGCAACAUGAAUGAAGACCUUAGAAUGCAGGAACAGGGUCACUUGGGAGACAUGAAUUCAGAAUUUAAAAUUUCUUAAGGAACAUACCUCUUCACUCCUUUAGGUUCAGAAUGCUCUUUAACUUAAUCAGAAAAUAAUGCCCAUCAUUGUCUAAAAUUACUUAAAUGUACCUUCUUGUGCACAAAUUUGAUACCCUUGGUUUUCUUCUUUCAGCAAUUAAACCAUCCCAAUGUUAUCAAAUAUUUGGCUUCUUUUAUAGAGAAUAAUGAGGUAUGUUGUUAUAUAUUGAUUCUUUUUGUGUCCUGUGUGUCAAUAAAACUUGUAGUGUGCAGCUCUGAGCUUAUUGUUCCUUUCCUAAAGUAAAAUGUGUGCAUGAUAGAUCAGCACUAGCAGUGCAUGAGAACAAGAGGUAGUUGUAUUUCAGUUUUAGUCUUAAAGAAAAAAAGGUAGAAAAUCAGAUUACAAUUUUUGUAUCUGAUUAUUCCUUACUCAAUCAUGUAAGAGUCAAGUAAUCUUACUUUUUUUAUUGCACUCUCCACAGCUUGUUAUAGUAUUAGAAUUAGCAGAUGCAGGAGAUUUAUCAAGAAUGAUAAAGGUAUGACUUACACAUACACAGUAUUGUGCAAAAGUAAUGCAAACAGAAAUUGCAGAAUUUCAUUUCUUGUUCUUUUGAAAUUUCAUUGAACUUUCUUGCAAAAGUUGGUAUAAAGAUACUCACCUGCAACUCAUGUCAUUUUGCAAUAACAAAGAGCAAUAUUUCUUCAAAUUUUUCUCAUGCUGGCCUUUGUUCACUUGGGAAAAUGUAAAACAAUUCUCUGUAUGGUACAACUUUCACAUGUACAUAUACAUGUACUGGUAUUUAUAUUAUUGAUAUUGAUAACAGGAUUGCAUGUCAGCCAAUCCAGUCUUUAAUCAUACAAAUGAUUAACAGACAGAAUUGGAUGGCUCAAAGUACUGUUACUAAUUAGUUAAGACUGUAUUUGAUAUGGCAUUUGACAAAAUACCUUCACUUAAAUGUCUUUGUUGAUAAAACAUAACAGUUGACUUUUUUCCUUGAGAAAAUGGAUGUAAUUAUACACAGGGUACCUGUGUUCUCCCUUACUUUUUAAGCAUUAAACUGGUGGAGCAUUCCUUUUACUUGCUGACUUUUCAAGAAAUUUUCAGCAGUAAUAAUGAGUACUUUGGGUGGUAAAUUUUUACUGAUUACCGCCUGAACAGGAAAACACACAGAGUUAUACAGCCAUGAGCCUUAUUUUGCCUAUUACUUUGUUCAUUUAACAAGUUUGACACAUACAUAGUCCGAUCAGUUCUCAAAUUUGGCUGCUUAUAGCCAAUCAUGUUCAAAAAUGUUGUUUCUACAGCAUUUUUAUAAAUAACAAUACCUUGAGAUCUAACUUUUUAAAUUAAUUUAUUCCCUUAAGUGAAUACUAAAGCCCUAAAAGCAUGAAAAAAAAAGAUGUAAUAGGAAUUUAAAAAACAUGGCAAAUUAAAAAAAACUUCUUGUUAGGGUUAAAAAAAGAAGCCAUGAUAAAUGUUUUCUUGUGUUGAUAUUCAUAAUUAAUUGAGAUAUAUAUAUAUUUUUUUAUUAAAAUAGCAUUUCAAAAAACAGGACAGACUGAUUCCAGAAAGGACAGUUUGGUAAGUGUCCCAGCCUCAUAUUUGACUGUAAACAUCAAAAGGAGCAGUUACCUUUAAAGAGCCUGCCUGCCUGUUUAUCCUAAACACAUGUAGCACUCACUGUGUUAUGUGUGUUUUGAGCUGACUGUUUCUGUGGGUGUUGAUGAAGGGUAGCAGAGACUGACAGAAUACAUGUGAAACUGAUGAGAGUGGUAGUAAUAAACAUGUGCCUUUUGGCUGUUAUUUAGAAAACAUUCAAGUAAUUGUGGCCAAAAUGAUUGAGAAUCUUUCUUAUCAAACUAGCUCCUCACUCAUCUGAAUCUAAGAUGAAAGAAUUUUGACACUUUUUCAAUAUCUUGUUUAUGUUAUCAACUUGUUUUUCUAGGUUAUUAAGAAUAGGGGAGAAACCUUUCCAAGGCUGAAUUUGGCAUGUUACUUAUCAUUUAUGUGCACAUUUAACACAAAACUUAGAUAUUUUUGGUGUUGGAAUUUCAGAUCUUUAAAUGCUAUCAUUUUAUCAUUGGACAUUUCAGGAAAUACUUUGUUCAACUGACUGCAGCUCUGGAGCACAUGCAUUCGAGACGUGUCAUGCACAGAGGUUGGUGAACUUAUUAACUGCACUUGAACUUUCUGCUGCAUCAUUUUUGUACUGUAGCUUGAGGCAUACUUGGCUCUCUGCAAGGGGAAAUCCCCAUCCCACGAGGCUGCCCUACUAUGAUCAAGACUGUUCACAUGAUGACUCCUACUUGAGCUUUCCAAUUGUCAGUCAUUGACGACAGCUUAAAAAUAAGCACCCUCAGUUACUCCCACUUCUGUGAAUAUUUGAUUACUGUAACACUUACAAGCCCACAAAUUGAGUUUUACACAAUGCUGCCUCUAGUCAGGAGGAUUAUUUUUUUCAUUUAAUUAAGUUUCAAAUUUGUUGGCUCUUCAGAGAAGGGUCAGUUUGGUGACACUGUUCUGGUGGCCUUUAUGAGUCUAGCCUUUCAAAUGUUAACACACUUCUUUACAGACAUCAAGCCUGCCAAUGUCUUUAUAACUGCAUCUGGUGUGGUAAAGCUUGGUGACCUUGGUCUGGGAAGAUACUUUAGUUCCAAGACUACUGCUGCACAUUCUUUAGGUGAUGAAAAUAUACCUAUUAAUAAUAUUAUUAACUUAGCUGUGCAAAGCCUCCAAGAUAAUAACAUUUAUUUGACUUUAGACACAUUGGCUCAUUAUAUUACGGUAAAGUUACAUUUACUAUGACACAAGUCCACUCCAAGGACACAAAGAACCUCUGUUUGAGGCUUACAAGGGACAAUUGAAGUAAUAUAAUAACAGAAAUCCACACAUCCAGAGCCCAGUUGUUCCAAGGCUAAUCAGUGCAAGCCCUAUCUAUUUUCCUCUUUUUGAAAGCCAUAAUUUCCCCUAUUCUUUUAAGUGCAUUUAAUCACCAAAUUGUACACAAAUGGACUUGAACUUAAUUUUCUUAUAAAACUUUCAGAUCUGAAAUCAAAUUUAACACUAACCCUGGGUUAUCUCAACCCUUGAACAACCCAGUCUGGAAACCCAAGCUGAACUCAAAUUUGCAGGGUUAAAAUUGUAGUGAUUGUAAUUGUAGUGAAGUUCCCAGCCUUUGUGCAAAUUGAACAUUAAUACAUGUACAAAAUAACAGUAAUCAAUAGCCAUGAGCUUGGCUGUUGUAGUGAUAGCAAUAUAAUACCCAUGUUAGUGGGAAUGCACAAGUUAGCCAGCAAAACUGGUAGAAUCUUUUAGAUACUGAUGUGAUUUUUCAUUGUCAGUGGGGACACCUUAUUACAUGUCACCAGAGAGGAUACAUGAAACUGGAUAUAAUUUCAAGUCUGAUAUUUGGUCUCUGGGUUGUCUUUUAUAUGAGGUUAGUAACACUGGCUUAGGAUACCAGAGGGUGAAGAGAAUGCUGUCAAAUUAUCUUUGAGGGUAUUAUUUGGCAAUGUCGACAUAGCAUGAGUUGAAUAAUAGUUUAUGCAAGGUGUUAAUCAGAGAGAAAGUGUUAUCAUAAAAUAAUUUGUGGUCUUCUUUGUACAAAUUGCUUUGAUAGAUGGCUGCCCUCCAGUCACCUUUCUACGGUGACAAAAUGAACCUGUAUUCACUGUGUAAGAAGAUAGAAUCUUGUGAUUACCCCCCUUUGCCAGCAGAACAUUACUCUGAAAAGGUAAUACAAGUUAGCAUGUUUUGUACAGUUGAACUCCUUUCUUGGCAAACUUUUCUUUUUGCCAAAGUAUGAAAUAUGGUGUGUGGGAGAUGCAUGAACCGAACAGUUUGCAAGCUGGACUUGGGAUGGAGAGAACCUGGCCGGGGUAUUGUGUUGUGUCCCAGGGCAGGACAAUUAAUUGUCACUGUUCUUUGCUCCAUUCAGGAGUAUAAAUGGGUGGUAUUGAGCUGUCAGGAAAGCCUGACAAAAUGCUGGGGGGGGGGGGGAAGGUGACCUGCAAUGAACUUGCAUAUUAUCCAGGGGAAGUUGCAACACUCCUAGUGGUUUCAUGGGAGACUGGAAUGAACUUUGCAACUUGAGGUCCCCUUGACUCAAGUGCAGACUUUAUAUUUUUCUUUUACUAAUUGAGAUAAUUUUGUGUGCAUUGUUGCAGUUGCGUGAUUUAGUGAGCCGGUGUAUUAAAUCUGACCCAGACCAGAGGCCAGGUAUCACAAAAGUCAAUGAAGUGGCACAAAUGAUGCAUGCAGGCAAUCUUCACCAGUUCCCCUCUUCCCCCCAAAUGAAACAAUAAUUUAAAGAAACUUGAUGUGUAAUAUCAGUGAUACACUGAGUAAUUUAUUACAAAUAUUAAUGCCCAAAAAUUCUUGGUUGAUUGUGCCUUGUAACAUAUCUUAAUCUUAAGAAAUUGAUUGAAAAUAAAGAAAUUCCAAUCUAAAGAGAGAAACCUGGAGAUGAAUAUGGAUGGUCAAAGAUUUAAAACUUCAAAAUUCCAACUGAUCUUCUAACCAUAGAGUGAUGUUUGGGUUUCCACGUCCUUUUAAUUGCCUUAACUUAAGAACUUUUCUCAGUGGAUACAAUGUAAUCGGUUUUCAAACAUUCAAUUCACAGUGAACUGCAUGCAAAAUUGAAUUUCAUGGAGAGAAAUUGAAUAAUUAUGGCAACACUUCAUUGCACAGAUGCAUGAACUUAUUUAUUCAUACUGCAGAAAUAAUCAACUGCAAUUUUGCACCUCUACAUUUUGUAGUUUUUUUUGUAUUCUGUUGAAAAGGAUAGUGAAGUUGCCUGAGACUCCAUUAGGGAUGAUAAAAUGUUGUAACUUUUCAAGUAUUUUAUAAAUUACUUUCUGGAUUUUCACAACAAGAAUUAUUUUAUAGAGAUCUUCUUACUACUGAAGUCUCAAGUUUAAAUAUUGUUUGUGACCCUUUCAAAUUUCACUUUAUUCUAAGAUCCUCUUAGUGUGUAAAAUGCAAAUGACAUUAGGUUGUGUAAUAUAGUUUCAGGGUGUGCUUAAAAAUAAUAACUUUAGCACUUCACAGAGGUGAUAGAACUUGUGUCUCUCAAAAUGGCAACUCU